CGCGGGUCGGCUGUGUGAAAGCUCCUCCGUCGCCUUGACGAGUCAUCGCCAGAGAAGAGCCCGGAGCAGACGGAGCCGCUGUCUGAUGGCUUAAAAACGGGGAAUAACUGUGGAUCACAGCGGAUUUAUUGCAUUGAACGAACCCGGAGCGGCAGCGUCAGAGGCGGUCCGGACGGCUUUAGACGGAGCAUGUUUGAGUGAAACCGUCUCCGAUUCCAGACAACACGGACACAGACAGAAAGUAGCACCGCGACACCAGCGAGCGAACUUGGCAUCUUCUGUCCGGUGGGAGGUGUCUGUCUGUCGGCUUCGGCUCGCUGCACGCACCGCUCCGCUCGCUGCUUCCUGUGUUUAUUUAAAGAGGGCCACCGCUAAGUUAUGUUUUUUGUAAUUUGCUCAUUUCUGCGUGUUUUUGGCAACUAACUGUGGCUUUAACGUGACGCACCAGACUGACAUUAGUGCUGUGUCGGAGAGGACCCCACUGCAGAGCACUCUCAGGCUUCUUCAUCAAGUUUCUGCCUUCUCAUUUCUACGGUACCGACACCAAACACACCGAUGUGAGAGUGACAAGGACAGACGCAGACGGAGCUAGGCCAGGCUUGGCCUACCUAGCCCUGUGUCUGGCCUCACCACACAGGCCAGCAGCCUCUCCAGGGAUUCCCAGCAGGCAGAGGAAGCUUCAGUCUGCUCUGGCAGAAACUUCCCAGGACCUGCAAGUCAAGCUGUAACAGAUUUGACUCCAGUCAUAUUUUGUUGCUUCAGCUUUUGGGAGCAGGACUGGUCUGUUAGAUCUCUACUCCUUCCAUGUUUUGGAUGCUCCUCUCUGGAUGUUGGCAGCAGGAUGGAUUCGGGUGUUGAUUUGACGGUUGUCACCUCUUUGCAGUGCUUGCCCCCUCCUCCUUUGACUGCCUUUUGUCCCUUCCCUCCUUAAAGCCCCUUCCUCUCACCUGGGGCUUCCCCGAGCCCUGUACGGAAGGGCCUUGUAGGAACUGUAGGUUGUCUUGUUAAAACAAUUGCUUUUGCAAAGAAGACGCAGAGCCAAGAAGAUCUGCAAAAAACAAACUGCAAAACACAACAAGGAUUGCUGCAUUCAGCUGAUUUAUUUUUUGUAACCCAUCACUUUUGCUUUUGUUUGAGUUUGAGAGAGUUUUUUUUUUAAAGGACCUUGCAGGUUUAGAUGUCUGCCCACAUCCAGAGUUUACACAAAGAGGUCUGAUUACACACAUAAAGAAAAAAAAUCCUUAUUUAUACAUACAGAAUUUCUUAUUUUUUGUGGUCUGAGCCUCGUGGAAGAAUGUCUGAAAGCAAAAGCAGCAGCAAAGCAGUGAAAUUCAUUGCUCCACUCCCUCCUGUUUCUUCUGCCUCCCCCUGUCCAUCACCCCAGACCCCCCACAAGAAUGUGAACGGCUCUGCCAGUUCAGACUCGCACGUCGUGGAGAAGCUCGGCGGACAGCCUGAGGUCCAGCGUCGGCGCCACACCAUGGAUAGAGACUCCAAAACAGCCGAGCACCGUUUCUUCCGCCGGAGUGUAAUUUGUGACUCAAAUGCCACAGCUUUGGACCUGCCCAGUAAAGCAGCUGUGAUACUCACCUCACCACCAGACUGUGAAGGGCCUCCCACCUUCUUCUCUCCACAGCUGUCAGAGCCUGGGCCAGGGGAUUGUGAUUCUGAAGGUGAAGAGUCCUCGAGAGGUUCUUAUUUGCAAAGCGCCACUCUUCAGCCUUGUCUUGGCCCUGGAGGGGCAGUUGCAGAGGACGUACAAAAUGCUAAGCAAGAUUUAAGUGUGAGCAUCACCGCCGCUGCUGCUCCCAGCAGUAGCAGAGCUGAACAAAGUGCAGAUGGGGCAGUAAAAGAGCCCAGCCCGACAGUAUUGGAUGUUACCGACAAAACAGUGAGCAAACAGCCUGAUGUUGUAUUGCGUCCCAGAGGGCUCCAAGAAGCUCAACCGGUGGUGACGGAGAGAAAAGUAGAUGAGGAAUCGCCCAGUCCAACAGAGGAGAAAGACAGAGAGACGGAGGAGGAGAAGGAGUUGGCGAAAGCACGAGCGGAGCAGAGGGAAGCCGAGAAACGAGUGCAGGAGGAUAUAGAGGAGGCCGAGACGAAAGCUGUGGGAACUUCACCAGAUGGACGCUUCCUGAAAUUUGACAUUGAGAUCGGAAGAGGCUCUUUUAAGACUGUGUACAAAGGACUGGAUACAGAAACGACAGUGGAGGUGGCGUGGUGUGAGCUUCAGGAUCGUAAGCUGUCCAAGUCGGAGCGUCAGCGGUUCAAAGAGGAGGCCGGGAUGUUAAAGGGUCUGCAGCAUCCUAACAUUGUCCGAUUCUACGACUCCUGGGAGGGUCCCUGCAAAGGAAAGAAAUGUAUUGUUCUUGUCACCGAGCUGAUGACAUCUGGCACAUUAAAAACCUACCUGAAGCGCUUCAAGGUGAUGAAAAUCAAAGUCCUUCGCUCAUGGUGCAGACAAAUCCUCAAAGGCCUUCACUUCCUGCACACCAGAGCUCCACCCAUCAUUCAUAGAGACCUGAAAUGCGACAACAUCUUUAUCACGGGGCCCACGGGCUCGGUGAAGAUCGGAGACUUGGGGUUAGCGACGCUAAAGAGGGCCUCAUUUGCCAAGAGUGUCAUCGGUACCCCAGAGUUUAUGGCUCCAGAGAUGUAUGAAGAGAAGUAUGAUGAAUCUGUGGAUGUCUACGCCUUCGGGAUGUGCAUGCUGGAGAUGGCUACCUCAGAGUACCCGUACUCUGAAUGUCAAAACGCUGCCCAGAUUUACAGAAGAGUUACUAGUGGAGUGAAGCCUGCCAGUUUUGACAAGGUAGCCAUUCCUGAGGUGAAGGAAAUUAUAGAGGGCUGCAUCAGGACAAACAAGGACGAGCGGUAUGCUAUAAAGAUCCUGCUGAACCAUGCGUUCUUCCAGGAGGAAACUGGAGUCAGGGUUGAACUGGCAGAAGAGGACGAUGGGGAGAUGAUUGCCAUCAAACUGUGGCUCAGGAUAGAAGACGUCAAGAAGCUCAAAGGCAAAUACAAAGACAACGAAGCCAUCGAAUUCUCCUUUGACCUGAAUAAAGACGUACCUGAAGAUGUGGCCCAGGAAAUGGUUGAGUCUGGCUAUGUGGCCGAGGGUGACCAUAAGACCAUGGCCAAGGCUAUCAAAGACCGAGUGUCUCUAAUCCGAAGGAAGAGAGAACAGAGGCAGCUGGUACGAGAGGAGCAGGAGAAGAGAAAACUGGAAGCAGAACAACAGCAGCUACAGCAACAACAGCAGCAGCAACAACAACAGCAAGAGACACUCAAAGCUUCACACACACAGGCAGAGACCGAGGAGACAGAAGUGGAGCAAAAGCAACUUCACUAUCAGCAGACCGGCAUUUCACACACAUCUGAAGGAGGUGUGGACAGUGGACAGGGCUCCUCAGUUUUCUCCUCAGACUCCCCUCACCUGGGUCAGCUGACCAUGUCGUACAGCUGCCCUCCUUCUACCCAGCCCCCCUCCCAGCCCCAGACCCCCUACCCUCCUACCCCCUCUGCUACCCCACAGCAGCACCCGGGCUAUCAGCCACAGCAGCCAAUGCAGCAUUCAAUGCCACAUCCCUUCAGUGGAGGAGCAAGCACAGGAGGAGGAGGAGGAGCAGGAGGGAACAUUCCUCUCCCAGAACCUCCAACUAUUUUCUUCCCCUCCAUCCCUGAGCGCCCAAUUUCCUUCUCCCCUCCCCCCACUGGGCCUCCAAAAGCCUACAACACCCAGAGACGCAAGAGCACUUCCAUUCUCGAGGCUCAUACCCGACACUUUCAGCCUGCCUACACUCGCUAUGGGAGCAGCCUCCACCCCUUUUCUGGGAUGGAGGGCGUUGAGCCUCCCUCUCUCUUUAUGGUCAAUCCUGGUUUUGCGGCAGCUGCUCAAAGACUCGGCGUUGGGGAACCCCUGCAUCUCCCAGGACAGUCUGACCCUAGUUUGUAUGGCUACAAGGACAUGAGAGCAGAGCAUGAGGAAGCAGUGAGGAGAUUAAGUCUAAAUCAAGCUGCCUUACUGGACCAUUAUGAAGCAAUGGCAUAUGGAGGAUACCCAAUGACUGCACACCAACUUGGUCAUUUGAGUUUCCAUCAGCAGAGACAAGCAGCAGCUGCAGCUGCUAGUUUGGGUUUUGAUCCUGGUCCUCCGUCUCAACCAGGGUUCUUGCACCCCCACAUCAUGCAGAGAAUGAGCACACACAGCCCAGUACCUCCACCUUUACCUCCUAUGAGUGCAUCGACCGGUGGCUCCGUUUCCUCUACAUCUGCUGACGGAUGCUAUCCUCCACAGCAUGCCUCCUCGUCCUCCUUCCCUAUUUCUGCACCUCCAGUAAUGGCUGAUGCCCCACCAUCUACUGGAAGUGUUUUUGAGUUUCAUUUAGCUGCAGCCGCUGCAGCUGCAGCCGCCGCUGGAGACCCAAGCCUCCUGGCAUCCAGACUGUACCGAGCUCGAAGGAGCUCCAUGGAUCUCCCCCUAGAGGACAACACUGCAGCUGGAUCUGGUGGAUCAGGCACAUACAGCCGUCUGCAACCGGUGACAGAAGAGCUGUACACCUACAUCAGUCCAGAGCUCCCUUUACCUCCAGGAAGUCUUCUCCUUCACCACACAGGUGUAAAGGACAGAAGCCCAGAACCUUCUAGUGACUCGCUGGCCUCCUCUGAUGCAGGAGAGUUUCAGUCGCCGCCUCCCCCACCACUCAAUCCUUCCUUUGACUCCUCUGCCGCUCAGUCCAUCCCUCGCUCCUCCUCGUCUGUGCUCUACGAUUCCUCGGGGGGAGCUCUUCAGAUAGAUCCACAGGGACAUCCACCUUCUGUGCAGAACUUUUUGCCACCGACGCCGUCCUCUGAGCUCCAGCUCGGUGGAGGAUCAUCAGCUCAGCUGGAGUCGCUGAUCCAGAAUGCCUGGGCCUGGCACGGAGGGGUGGUACCAGCCCAACCCGAUAUGACAUACCAUGAGUCACUGCUAGCCAUGCAGGCCGCUAACGCUACCCUGCAGGUUCAGACCCCGACCCCUCAGCCGACUCCAGGACCUCCCCUGGUUCCUGCCUCCGCCCAGCCACCUCCUCCUGGAACCUCCCAACAGGUUGUGUCAUCGAGCCAGAGUAAUACAUCACUUCAGAGCCCCACACACACAACCCUGUCACCGGCGUCUGCACAGCCCAGUGUAACUCCGUCUACCUCUACUGUUCCCUUGGUGACCCUCACCUCUCCGUCGCCGUCUAUCCCCGUUACCAUGCCGACGACAAUCGUGGCUUCCCCUCCCUCUCCUCUGCCAAUCCCUGUUGGGGUGGUGCCUACUAUUGUUUCCCCUCCUGCUCCUCCUCCUUCUCCUGUGCCUCAGCCUUUGGCCACCGGGGUGCCAAUCAUCAGUGUAGUCACCGCCCCGCCUGAUACUCCCAUGGAAGCCCCUCCCCAGUCGGCUUCACAAUCUUCAGAGCUGUCGCAGUCCCAGCUCCAGCCGCCUCAGGUUCUCUCGUCCAUCGAGAGUGGUCACUCUGAGACUUCAGGUCUGAGUGACGGUAAUGAAGGAGGAGGAGGUCGUCAUGAGGGUCGCUCCACCAAGAGACAUCAGAGACGUUCUGUACGAAGUCGAUCACGCCAUGAGAAGAUUUCCAAAGCGAAACUCAAUGUUCUCAAUAUCUCCAACCGUGGUGACAGGGUGGCAGAGUGCCAGCUGGAGACCCACAACAGGAAGAUGGUGACCUUUAGGUUCGACUUAGAUGGAGACAACCCCGAGGAGAUCGCUCAGAUCAUGGUCCAGAGUGAGUUUAUCCUGGAGAGUGAGAGGGAGUCAUUUAUCGAGCAGGUCAGAGAGGUCAUAGAGAAUGCUGAUGCGAAAGGUCUGGAAAGAGACACAAACAGCCAGAUGGCAGGUGACACAGCACAGCAGAUUCCUGCGAUAUCUACCCCCAUGCCAGACAUCCCAUCCAGUGCAACAGCACAAGUGGUCCAUUCAGCAGGUCGGAGAUUCAUCGUCAGUCCUGUACCUGAAGCCAGGCUGAAGGAGCAAAUGUUUCCCACCUCUCCUUCUCCUGCUCCUGCACCUAUUGUUGAAACGGCUCCAUCUCAGACUCCAGGCCAAGGUUUGGCAUUAUCCCAGUCUGCAGGAGCAAUCAGCUUACAGCAAGCCUUCUCUGAACUGAGACAGAACCGAAAUCAGUUCGACGCGGGACCCAGCACCGCCCCAGCCUCCAUCCACUCCAGCCAUCCUCCUCUGCAGCCUGCAGCAGCUUCUGUCCCUCCACAGAGCAGCACAGUCCCUCCUGCUGUGGAAGCCACCGCUGGGCUUGUCCCUUCUAAUUUAAACCAGGCACAGGAGCAGGUCUUGGACGCCUCUCUUCCUCCUCUUUCCUCCUCCUCCACCCUCUCCUCUAUGCCCUCCGUCUGUCUCAGUCCUCCUUGUUCUUCUUCUCCUCCUCCCACUUUGGUGAAUCAGUCUAUCCUUCAGUCACAGGUGCUGCCACAGUCCCAACCUCAGACGCAGGUGCAGGUUCAGGGUCAAGCACAAAGUCAGCCCCAGGCCUUCACCCAGUCUCAGCCCCCAACAGUCCCUGCUGUCGCUGCGACCUCAUUACCUUCCACUUUACCACCAGCUAGCGUCUCCAGCAUCCCCCCAUCAAUGCUCACCUCCCCUCCUCCCUCCCAGGCUGUUCCCUUUGUAUCCUCCCCUCCCUCCUCCACUCUUGUAGCCGGCGAACUCUCCUCCGAUCAUCCGUCAGUCUGUCCCACAUCCUCCUCCACUCCUUCCCUCUCCUCCUCCGUCAUCCCCACCACUGCCAUCCCAGGUCCCCAGCUCGCUCCUUCUGCCGCCUCCCACCCCGCUCCCGCUCCCUCCUCCUCCCCCGCCGCGGGACUCCUGCCAGUUACCACAAAUGUUCCCUCAGUCCAGCCAACUUUGGUCCACUCGCAGCCACAGACGGCAGCCCUGCCCGGGCAGACGCACACACACUGUGGGGAAUGUGAUGCAAGGUGUGAGGCUUCCUCUGAGUCCCAGGGUAAACCGGACGACAUUCAAGCUCUGGACAAGAAGCUGCGUUCUCUCUUCAUGGACCUCGGUGGAGGGGUGCCGUCCACCCAGGGAGACAGCCUGGCUGGCGACCCAGCCUCUGGACCCUCUGUGCCGGGUACCUCGUCCCCGAUAGGCCCCUGCUCGACCACCAUCACAUCUGUCACAGCAGCUGGCUCUAGCCAGGCAGCUAAUUCUCCUCAGCCCCCCUCCAGCCUGGCGCUGGGGUCCCUGGGGUCCCCCGUACCAAUGCAGGGCCCUGGGACGCCUAUCUCCACCCCUGCACAGACUGUCAUCCCUGCCGCAUCCUUAGGCCAGACCACUCCAUCCAAAACCCCCUUAUCCAGGGUACCGGCCAGUUCUCCUCCUUCAGAACUCCUGCCAUCCUUCCCUGGACCUUGUCUGAUACAGUCCCAGCAGCCUCUGGAGGACCUGGACGCUCAGCUGAGGAGAGCACUGAGUCCAGAGACUGUUCCUGUGAGCUCUCACACACAGGCCUGUCACAGUGGUGUGCCUCCAGUGGGACAAGCAAUUCCCUUCUCUCUGGAGGAAGACGCUGCAUCCUCCAAAGUUCCUCCUCCUACAGGUGGAAUUAAAUUGGGAAGAUUUCAGGUCUCUCUGGCUCCUGAAGGACCGGCUGUCCAGCGUCCGGCCUGCACUGAAUCUUCCUCCACCACCUCCUCCACCUCAUCUUCCUCCUCGUCAUCCUCCAGUCUCUCCAGCCCGGAGAACACAUUGCACAAAGACUCCUCGACUCCUCUGAGAGGCGGAGGAGGAGGACAAAGAGGAGACGUUGUGGAUGGACCCCCCAAAGGACUCCCGGAGUCCCACCAGCCCUCACCUUUUACCUCCCCUUGUCCAUCCCCCAAACCCACCACCACCAUCGGACGCUUCCAGGUCACCACCAACGCUGAGGCCCGUGUAGGUCGCUUCUCGGUCAGUCGUGCUCAGGAGCAGAGCCUCGAGCCCAGUCAGAGUCCACCUCCACCUGCUGCCCAGGCUGCCAACGGACCCAGCGAUCCCGGCCACAUUCUGACCCCAGACUCCAUGCACAAAGCCUCCCUGCCCAGUCUGAACAACAACUCCUUCAAUAACUGCUACAUGAGCAGCGACAACGACUCGGAGUUUGAGGAUGAAGACUUCAAACGGGAAGUCAACCGCCUCAGAGAGAAGCACAUGCGUGAAAUUCAGGCCCUCCAUUCGCGCCAGAAGGAGGAAAUAGACAGUCUCUUCACCAGGCUGGGAAAGGUUCCUCCAGCUGCAGUGAUUCCUCCAGUUAUAGCCUUGACUGGCAGGAGGAGACGACCGGCCAAAAGCAAGUCAUCGAAAUCGUCCAGAACCAGCUCCACGCACGGCAGCAAGAGUCCGUUACAGCCAGGCAGCACUUUAUCCGCCCAGAGCGUCCCGACUAUGUACCCCGGCCAGCUGGCUCUGUUAGCCCCAGGAGGACUAGCCGAUUCAGCCAGCAGCACUCUGCUCCAGCCUCUCAAACCCUCCCCCUCCAGCGACAACCUGUGCUCGGCCUAUACCAGCGAGGCGGCGCUUUCUGUGCCCAGCCUGUGCGCUCCCACCCCAGGCUGUGUAAAGUUCAGCUGGGGUUCGGAGCGUUUGGCCUUCAAGCCUGGCGGCAGGAGGACGCGCUUUCUGAGGACUAACAGCACCAACGCAGUGAGCGGUUCAGGUGGUUUGGGUCAGAGCCAGGGGGGUUCUCAGUGUCUGCCGCCCAACAUGUCGGCCCCCCACCAGAGGAAAGGAACCUUCACCGACGACCUCCACAAGCUGGUGGACAACUGGGCCCGAGACGCCAUGAACCUCUCACAGGGUAAGAGGAGUGCCAAACAGCUGCAGCAGGCCCCGGCACAGGGACACAGCUACGAGGUGAUCCAGUCAGCCAGUCUGGGCAGGAAAUACUCGGCUCCCAGUCAGCUAUGUCCCAGCAGCAUAGGUGGUUCAGCCCACCUCCCUACGAACCCCACCACCGCUACCUCUCUGGCCGCCCGCAAGGGCUCCUUAUGCCACCCUCCUGCCUCCUCAACUCCACAACAACCCCCCCAGUUCAUCCACUACACCCCCACUGCUGCUUAUAGUGCACAGUGGUCCGGUCCGGCUCACAGCCUGUCAGCGCCCCACCAGGCUCCAACGCAGCCUCUGCUGGUCAGUACCUCCCAGCCCCUGGGCCCCUACCCCACCCCACAGGGCCAGAUCCCCGGGCAGGGGCCGCUGCAGGCUUUCCAUCUGACCAACACUCUGCAGAAGUCAGUCAGCAACCCAGGAGGACCCAACCUGAGGACCACGUAGGGUUUGGAGCGAGGGCUGGUGUGAAUCUCGGCCCGACCGGACUGGUGCAGAGCGGAUCGACUGGAGAGAACAGAAGAACUGAAGGAGGGUUUGACGCAUCGGAAGCCGUUGGAGAGAAGAGAAGAAAUCAGGAAAUGCAACCUCAGCUCUGCUUCCAUCAGCGUGUGAGAAGCCGUCGCAGACACACCAUCUCCCUCUCUGCUGUGGGCUCGUGACCGCUCGCCAAACGAUCAAGGAUAAAGGAAAAGACUUGUUAGUGUAACGUUAAAACGGCCAAAGAGGUUCUGACAGGGUGCGGGGUUGUUGUCAGCGACUGUUUUUUGCGUGCGAGGUGUUGUUUGUGGGCACUUACGGCUGGGUCACACUCGUUCCAUUUCAUGCUCUACACUGAGUGCGUGCAUGACGGGGCAGCAGUUAUUAGCUGGAUGGCGGUGGGAAGACGUUACAUCAGGCUGAGGAGGAGGAGGAGGAGUGUGGUGGCCAGCUUUUACAAAACCUCUGCCCUUCUGUCCACGCAGUUCCUCUUAGCAACUUCUUAUUGGUACAGAUUUCAGUGGGAAGAGCUGGUUGUUGCCUCUGUGUUGCUGUCUGUGUGUAUCAGCCUUUACAUUCAAACAUAUUGCAGACUUAGAAAGAGCUCUCAAAGUUGACAGAAACAAGCAACAAUGCAGCAUUUCUACUAAAGUAAAGGGGGAAACUGGUGGACAGUGAGCUGAGCGUGGCCUUGCCGAAUCAAACAGAGGAAAGAUGCACAUAAAAGCUUUGAUAUCAGGUAAAAGCAGAAAAGAUGAGGGUUUAUCAUCCAUUAAAAGCACAAAGAACAAAUCAUACUGAGAGUAGGUGUAGCCCAGCACUCGGUGGGGUUGUGACUCGACAGCUUCUCCUCUGUUACCUUCUGUGUUUUUUGGGUUUUUUUUCCCCCUCGAUCUGACAAACUAUUCAAACAGACAGAGAGAGAUGGAGGAAGGAAAGCGGUUGAAGAGGAGUGUUUGUGUUAAAUAACAGUCGAGCGCCUCAUCUGUUUCCUGUUACACUGCUUACUUUAGGAAGGUCCGUCGACGCGGCGCUGACUGAUGCUCCCGACGUCUCCUCGCGAAUCACGACUCCGCCUCUUCCUCCGUCGCUCUCUUCGCCUCUCUGUUGCCAUUUGAAGCAAUAACAGCAGAAAACCUCUUAGAGGAGGGGAAAAAAAGAAACAACAAACGCCCGAACAUGAGAGAACUCAGCGUGAAAAAGUGCCCUUGUUAUCAGAAUAAUAUCAGAGUCCGUGUACAGUUUGUGUCUGUUUAUUUUUCAGAAUGUCAGCGAUGAUGAUGAUUCCAUUUUUUUGCUCAUUUUGGGGUUUUUUUUGUUUUGUUUUUUUUUUUGCUUGCUGUCCCCCAGCUAGCAAUCUGACACACACACACACACACACACACACACACACACACACACACACACACACACACACACACACACACACACACACACACACACACACACACAAUGGAUGCGACAUUCAUAUAAAUACACACACUUGCAGACUCACACACUCAUGUAAAUACACUCACACAGCAGCUGUUUAACCGUCUUAGACUCAUAGUCUAUGCCUCAGUUUUCUUAGUGUCAUAAUUUGGUUGGAUUUCAACGUUUGGGGGUUGAAAUGACGGCAGUGUACAUUUGUUAUCAUAAUUAUUGUUGUUGAUGGUUAUUAUUCUAUUUAAAAAGAAACAAAAAACAAAAACGUGUUCUGUCAAUGGAGCUGUUCUACGUGCACGUCGGCGUCCCGAUGUGGAGACACUGUGAUUAUUGUUGUUUGUUCUUAGCAAAAUGUUGUUGGACGACAUUAGUUUUAGGGGUUGAAAUGUCACAAAUUCAAAGGAAAAAAAAAAAGAUUAAAAACACAAAAAGCAUACAGAGAGCGGUUUGGGGUCCUUUCGCUUUCAAUUCAGUCCGUAUUUUUUUUUUUUUUGCAUCAGAAUGUGAAAAUUGAACGCCCCUCUUUUUCAAUAAGCGUCCUUCCAUCCAUUUAUUGAGGACAUACUUCAGAACCAAUGCCUUACCUACAACUAAUCGACCGCGGUUUCAGCUCAACUUUACAACCGAUUGAAUUGAAAGUCGAAACUGACCUCCAAGUAUAAAGACAAAAACCGGAGUGAACGGCAGGAUAGUUGAUAUUUAGAUAAUAAAGUAAAGCUAGCUAUUUUUUUCUUAAUACAGUACUUCUAUAUCAGACACUUUAAAUAGCCCUCCUCUUCCCUUUCUCCCCUGGUUUUGUUAGAUGAAUGUGAAUGUAUAAACCAAUGGUGUCCAUUUUAAUGUACUUGAAAAACAAAAAAACUCUUUAUUUUUCGCUGUCUUUGCUUCUCCUGACCCCUCCGCCGCCCUUAGCGCCUCCGCUGAACGCUGGAGGUAUUUACUAGUGCCUUGCAUCCUUCCUGUUGCUUCUCCGUCGGGGGUCUUGGGUUAAAGUAAGCACAUUUGACCGAAAAUGUGCAGAACAUGGAGGCGUGUGCUGAGGCUGGUUUGAGGUUCAUUCUCUUGAGUGUGUUUUCUGCAAAAAAAAAAAAAAAAAACCUGAACUCACUCCCUCCGUUGGAUAUAAAUGUACCCCUACAAAACCCUAACUGAGCUGAUAGGAAGGUGAAUUGACCCUUGAAGCCGAGAAGAUUGACCUCUGAAGAUUAGAAAAAGGCUACAGUUGGACAUCGGUGUUGUUUCUGUUGCUGUAUUUUCUCAGUUUUAAGGAGGGAAUUAUUGCCGAUCAUAUCUGAAGCUUGGACCACUCUGUACUUAAGAGGCGCUGACCUGAGUGCAGCAUACAGUCAGGAGAGGAUGGCAUGCAGAUUGUGUAAUAAAACAAGAUCCAUUUUUCUGGGAAAUUGGCCAAAAUCAAAAGUAAAGCCCAGUAAAUGUAUUCUUACAGUAUUGGCCUGUCUUUGAUAAAUCUGAUACGAAGAAGAUAAGACGGAAAACCUUUCUGUGGAUAAUUUAGAAUCAGUGUCAUUACAUGGUUUGUCCAGCAGACCAGCUGAGACUCCAUUGUUUUCAGUGUUCUCUGCGCUGUCUGCAGCACAUGUAGCAGAGCAGAUGGUGGUGCGGAGUCAAGUGUUGUCCUCUUGGAAAGCGGCUAACUAAUUUUUGUAAUUGAUUGCUGGCAGUUAAUAGAUAAUGGCACCAUAAUUUGGUAGAACUCCAACGUAUUGCGUGUAUGUAUUUAAACAACAUAUCUGAAUUUCUUACUCCAAAAAACAGUUUCGGCAGCAAAAAUCCAAUUUCUGUUGAGUUCUACUCCCAUAGUUCACCCUGAAGUCUCAUAUGACUAAUGAUUUCCAACUCUGCUGUCAGCUGAAGGGUGUUUUGAUGCAAAUGACGGUGCUGUUCUGUUCAAAAAGUCCAUUUAGAUGGCAAAAUAGUAUCAGAGGCCGAUUGUUUUGACAGCAGAUUUAGAUUUAAUGUCGCUAAAUCCUUCAGCAUUUUCCUGAUUGGUUUACUUAAAAACUGUACAAACCAAUGAGAUAAAACCAGAGAAAGAAAGCAAAUACAGAAGUUUGUCAUGUACAAUGACCAAAGCUGGCUUUAAAUUGGGUUUUUAUGCGAUAACCCAUCACUAAGAGUUAGAAAAAGUGUUGGCAGCAACAGAAACAUGUUCAGGCUCCAGUGAUGCACGACCUUUCUGUCAGCCAGUAUUGUUGUUAGACUUUUAUGCCACUUGAAAUAAUGGUAUCAAAACAGCAGGCUUGAGAAUUAAGCAGGAUUUAUUCAUAGAAAUGAGUUUGUAGACCAAAAAUUGAAGCUUUAACAAACAUUUGAAUGUGAAGGCAUUGCGGCGUUGGUUUGGUGAUAAUGGAUCCAAGGCCUUUGACACCCUCUUCUGUUUUCUUCUCUUCAUCUGCAAAUGAAUCACAUCUGGUACAAACUUCACUCAAACAAAUCUUUUUUCUUUUUCUUUUUUUUGUGUUGAAUGGAUGUUCUGAAUUUACCUAAAAAAAUGUUACUUUGUAAAGUUUGUAUAAAAAGAACUUUUGCUUUCUCCGGUUUAUUUGUGAUAUCUCUUCAUUUCUCACGGAUGAUAAUGCAACAUUUUUACUACUAGUUUGGUUGAAGCUGUGAAUAAUCAUUGAGCCACUUUGCUUUAGUUCUGGUUCUGUCAAACCUCUGACUCGGUGCCAUUUACAUCAGCGCUAACAAGAAAACAGUAUAUUUAUCUGCUUUUACUCACUGGAGCUGUUUGGGAUUUUCACUUUGCAACUUGCACAAGCCUCAAAAGGUUUCCACGUUUGAAGCUUGCUAACAUUUUGCUGUCUCUAUACCAACACAAUUACCUUCUGUGCAAUCGCUUGCAAUGCAAUAUUAAUACAGUGACGGUGUACUAUCACGCUCUGAGGGUCUACUUGUGAAGUUUUAAAGGAGGAAUCAUUGUGAAAGAGUUUCCAGUUUGACAAGUUUCCUGAAAAGUGGGAAUGAGGAUUCUGUUUCUGGGGACAUGAACACAGUGUAGCAUUUUAACUCACCUUCAUUUGAAAUUCUGUUUCCACUUUUUGCCUGUUCAGGACUCGCUGACCCUUUAUCCUUCCUCCUGUUGAAGUGCCCACAUUUAGAAAUUAAAAAAGGCCUUUCAGUGCACCAACAAACACAGAUUCACUGCAUCUCUCGCUGUUUUACGUCGCCUGCUCCUGUGAAAUGAUGUCUUUACUGCGGCAACAGUUUGUCAGACUGUUACUGAUUUAUUGUUUUUUUUCUCCAACUGGCUGAUUUUGUUUCUGGUCUGUCUGAUGCUCUCACACAUUUUACUUUACACUCGUUUUUUGUGCCGUUUUAAUGUUUCUAACAGCACCUAAUUUAAUUCAGUGGUUUCCUUUUUUUUCUUUAUCGUGGUUGACAUUGUACAAAAGUGGUUGGAUUUAAAUAAAUAAAGUGGAUGAAUGAAUGAAAGAAAAACAAAAAAUACAUGUAGGGGAGUCAUCGGCAGCCUUUAACGGUAUGUUUUGCACUAAGUAUAGAGUGUUCAAGCUUCAUAUUAAAACGAAACUUUGCGCUUUGCGCUACAAUACAUUGAAAUUUGUUACUUUAUUUGUAAAAACUUAUUAAAUAAAAGUUGUUUAAAUGAAUAA